AUGACAAAGACUUUCUACUUGGUCUACCUUUUACUGGUUGUUAUAAAUACAGUACAGCGUGGACUGUCCAUUAGAAAGUCAGUUCGUAUUCCAGCCGAGUUCAGCAAUGCAUUGAAACUUCUUCGUCCUCCGGAUAGGACGACGUUUAUCAAACAUUGUUUGCAUCAGAGCGGGUACAUAUGCUCGCAACAAGAGGUCAGGCGCUAUGUAUGGGGCCUAGAAGAUUCCCAACAAUUUCAGUUCAGUAACUUCUGGAAUUGGUAUCGAUGUACCAAGACGGGGAAUCUGAAUGAUUGUCCAGUAAAUGGCGGAUGGAGUGUUUGGAGUACGUGGGGAGAAUGUGACGUCACAUGUGGUCAAGAUGGUCUGAAAUCACGUUUCCGCACUUGUGACUCACCAGAACCGAAGAAUGGUGGCAGAGAUUGCGAUGGUCAGACAAUUAAAAUAACUAAAUGCGGCAUGAUUUUCGCCUGUCAAAACGAUUCAACGAUCUUUACGAGGGUUCACGAUAACUACUUGAAGCAGUUGCACAAGAGUAACCCGCAGCUCAAAAGGAAGUGUCUUCGAUCGCACUGUAGUUAUCAAGAAAUUCAGGAUAUUAUUGAUCCAAAAGAAGAAGCAAAUAAAUACUGGUCGUAUAUUAACUGUUACAAACACUCCGAAGGGUGUCCAGUGGAUGGAGUGUGGUCAAGCUGGGGAGAAUGGAGCCGGUGUUCGUCUAACUGUGGUCACGGUCAUCACUAUCAUCUGCGUCACUGCAAUGCUCCGAGACCACUAAAUUCAGGAAACAUGUGUGAGGGGAGUUUUCUUGAAAACGCACCGUGCUUUGAAAACAAUUGUACAAACACAGUCGGAUUGCAUUUCUCACCUUGGUCACAUUGGUCACAUUGCUCUGUCAGUUGUGGUGAAGGCAUACGACAGUCGAUACGUCGUUGCAUCGGUGAGGGUACUUGUCUCUUGGCAGACGGAACACCUCGAGAAAGGAUCAUCAAGGAAUCACCAUGUGAAACGCCGAGCUGUCUGCGUUUAGGUGGCUGGAGCGAAUGGAGUGAAUGGAGCAUGUGCACAGCUGUUUGUGGGCGAGGUGAGCGAGCGCAUACGCGAUCCUGCACCGAUCCAAUUCCAGUUGGUCCAGGUAGUGCAUGUGAAGGAGAUCAGCUGGAGAAGGAGCCUUGCAGUCACUCGGAACCAUCAUGCUUUACUAAUGACACUCAGCCACUUAUGGAGAGAGAAUAUAGUAACUGGGGGAGGUGGUCAGCUUGCAGUGCUACGUGCGCCGGUGGAACAAAGUUACGUCAUCGAAGUUGUGUUGACGAGGACCAGGACAUGCCGUGUGUUGGAGCCCUAUACGAUGUUGAAGAAUGUAACGAGCAUAUUCCAUGCCCUGUUGAUGGUGAUUGGUCAGAAUGGACGGAAUGGAGUUCAUGCUCUGAAACAUGUGACUCUGGUUUUGCUGAAAGACAUCGUCUGUGCACCAUUCCACGGCCUGCAUUUGGUGGAGCAGUUUGUAGUGGCCCUGCAACGGAGCGUAAGGACUGCCAAAAUGUCGGUUGUCCAGAACUGACUCCGUCAUGGGGUGAGUGGGGUAACUGGUCACAAUGUACUGUUUCAUGUGAUGGUGGUACAAACACUCGUAGCCGAUCGUGUCUUGUGCAAGAGGAAAUUGUGGCCACUGACAGAUGUGGCGGAGAGUAUCGACAGCUUGGUGCUUGUAGUCCUGAAGCUUGUCCAGUGAACGGAAAUUGGGCAAAUUGGAACGAAUGGCGACCGUGCUCUGUGAAGUGCGGUGAAGGGAUUACUUCCAGAGAUCGCACCUGUACCAAUCCUGCGCCGAUUGGUAGCGGAAGCGUAUGCGAUGGCUAUGGUACAGAAUCCAGACAUUGUUAUUCGCAACCUUGUACAGAACAUGGGGAUGUGAUGAGGUUAUUUGACGGAAAUUCUUUUCUGAUGUACCGGAAGUCAGGUAACCCAACUAAACAAGUUCUCAUCUAUCUACGUCUGCUGCCUGAAUCUUCAGAUGGUCUGAUUCUAAUGAAACGUUAUGAACAUCAUGAGGAACCACUCAUCUAUGUCAGUUUGUUAAAUAAAUGCGUGUAUUUGUAUGCUAAAUUUGGUUCUGCCGAGCUCAAAGUGGUUGGUUACCCAGUAACGCUUUUUGAAUGGAACACGAUACAAGUUUCUAUCACAGGAAACCUGGGACAUGUUCGUGUAAAUGACGAAUACACGCAUACGGGUAAUUUUACCGACGAACUGUCCGAAAAUCUUGACUACGACAUCCCACUAUACCUCGGUGGCUGUAUGCCUCAUCUCUACCCAGAGGAUGAGAGUAUGUUAACAGACUGGACUGGUUUUGUUGGGAAGAUUGCCACCUUUAGAAUGAACUAUUAUUCCAUGAGUUUGAUUGAAGAUGUCGAAAACUGGCAGGGAGCAAAUCGGCCAUAUACGAGCUUGAACAGCGGCAUAGAAAUGAUGGAUAUAAUGGCAGCCGUCACUGCGUUCAACGGAGAACAGUUUUCUACUAUUCAACUAAAGUCUAAUGAAAAUCUGCAAGACAUACAAGCUGUGGUCAAUCCUCAGGACUCCAUUGGUCUCUUGCUGUUUGUGAGCGGCUCCAUUUCCGGCUCGUUUUUGUCCCUGGAACUAGCCAAAGGAAAGCUUUUUCUCUCCGUGCGUUUGAGAAAUAGGGUAAUGGAGUUGGAACGAGAUCUCGAUGAGAUUCAAACAUGGAUUAUCAUCGAUAUACAAAUUGAAGUGAAUCAGGUGUCUUUACGAGUCAACAAGGGUCCAGCGUCCCAGUUGUCUGGGCCGGGUCUACAAUUUUUUACCCCGGCAACUUCCGUCUACGUUGGAGGGCUUCCAUCAUGGAGGAGAUUACGUCUGAAGGAAUAUGGACAACUUGACAUCUCUGGAUUUAAUGGGAACAUCUACAAAAUUAAAUUGAAUGCCGCAGAAUAUUUUAUUGAAGACAUGUUUAAACAGUCUUGGGAUCAAAGUGUCGACUCGGCAUCCGCCACAUUAGCUGUUUCAGGAAACUUUCAUGAGUAUUAUGUGGUUCCCUUGGAAAGCGUGCAGCUCAGAUGCCGCUAUACAACUUAUAGACACGAUUUUGAGGUUGUGUGGUUGAAGGAGAACCAGAUCGUAGAUACAACACUCGAUCACAUUCGAUUGGAGGAAAACAAUGUUUUUCUGCCAAACACAACUAUCCUUCAUCUCCACUCAAUUGAUAAAGAAAGGCAAGGUAUGUAUGGAUGCCAAUUUCGCUAUCCGGACAGAGCGGAAAUUUAUCAAGCGUUCGCUAUAUCACUUAUUGAACCACAUGAUGUACUGGCACAUUUAUUAUCUGAGUGGAUGGAGACUGUGUUAAUCUUUUUUGCUGCUGUCCUACUUGCCGCGGUGGUCACCACUACAGUUACUUGUGCCAAAUUUGUGCGUAAAAGACCAUACUACGUUCUAAAGAUAUUGCAUACUGCACUGCACGCUAUUGGCUUUGGUAAAUCUGGCAGGACAACAUUAGCUGAUCUUCAAGAAGUCGAUAGAACGUUUGAUGGAAGAAUAGAUAUAAAACAAGAGAAGAAAAGAUUAGACAAACUCGAAUUAUCCCGCCGCAAACGUCUAAGGGAAGCUGCUAAACAAAAGAUACGGAAAAAGAAAGAGAACAUAACACAUCAUGUAAAGAAAAUGACGGGUAAACCACGUGAUACUAGUUCUUGCCACAAAUCUUGGUUGGUAGAAGACACUUCUCUUAGAUUCUCAGAUAAUGAAAACUACAUCAGAAAAUGUACCAGAUUGCAGCUUACAAACUCGCUCCAAAAACUACAGUCAGAGGCAGAAGAGAUAACUGAUCCCUGGUUUAACAAAGGAAACAUUGUUGAAAAACACUCGGACUCAAGCAGUACGCAGAAUUCAGCACUUUUGAUAAACAUUCCUGACAGGAAUUUAAGCGAAUCAUUGGUAUCAGUAGGUCAUCAUUCGAAUUCAACUAGGAAAACGUCCUCACUAUCAGAAAGGGACGGUGGAGUUUUUAUGGAAAACGGUAAUAAUUCAAGUAAAUCGCUUGUCGAAUUACAGUUAAGGCAAUCUGAAACGACUGCAGGCCUUAAGGCAGGCAUCACAAACGCUGAUGUGCCAAAUAACGAGGAACUCAAAGAACUCUCUUCGCAUUUAACUGUUGAUAGUUAUAACAGGCCAAAACAUUUUCAAAACGCAGAAAGCAUAUUCGCAUUAAAUGACAGUCGUUCUAAUGAACUACCGAUUGUUACGAGGGUAGAAACCCAAUAUGAACGAAUCUUAAGUGAAAAUGAAUCUAACCAAAGCAUGCCACACAGAGGAGUUUCGUUUGAAAAUAAGACGACAUCUGGUCAUGAAGAGAACGAUGAUGAUGAAAUUGAGCCAAUUCAGGAUGCAAUUAACGAGGAUGACUCUAUCAGAGUAGACUCAAUGGGAUCCGUCAGAAAGUAUAUUUCUAGGAUUGAUGGUGUACAAUUUGGCAACAAAUCGUCAGUUGUAAUGAAAAACAGUAGUCAUAGAGGAAACACUUUGAACGAUGAUAUAACUAAAAAACGUCAAUUCAACAACAGGGUAUUACACCUAGCAGAGCUUCUGUCUAUGAGUGGUGUUACGCCGCCUAUUAAGCCUCAGGUAACUAAUCCAGUUACAUCGCCUCUUGAAGAUGACGAAGACACUGAAGAAGAAUAUGAGGAUACACAUGAAUAAAAUACGGUGCGCGUUCUAUUAUGCAUAAUGUUCACACGUUAACAAUAUUUUUGGUGCAAGAGGAUAAUAUUCUUUAUAUCGUACCAAAUUCUUGUUUAUGAUACAAUUAUUUAUAGCUUACGGGUAAUAUAGCGUCCUCUAUCUAAAGACGAAAGAGAGAUCACUGUGGGAACUAUGAUCGCAAACUUCUGAACAGGGAACUUAGACAGAUUAAACAAAUAAAAAAAACUAUUACAAGUUGUUGCUAAGCUUAGUCUGUGUGCAGUCCACUCUUAAGACGGACACUCACUGCGUCGUACGACCGUCGCAGACGAAUCCACAUUUGCUCCCGGCGAGCGAUAGACGACGCAACGCCGUCUGCUGAUUGUCAGUGGCAAUCUGAACGGAUCCUCAUUAAAAAGACGAUCCGUUGGGUUCGCGUCUCUCCGCGAGCGUUCUUCGUUGCGUUGCCGUCACAUGCAGUGAGUUACCGGCUUUAGUGUUAAUGGGAAUAAUUUCAGGGCUGGCGCCAGCGGUCGGUUUACAAGUCCAGGCCCCCUCGUCGGGGUG